CUGUGGAAGUUUGAGCUUUGCCAAUGUGAAGAUAUCUAUACACAAGUCACCACAAUUUGAUCAUGACUUUUCACCUGUUAUAAAAAGAGUGAUAUUAAUAUUUUUCUAAUAAUAUUGUAUAUGUCUGUAAUAUAUAGAAUUUCUGGUAUUGGUAUGACUGCAUCAGUUUAUCAAUCUAAUAAGUACAUGUUGCUAUGGUAUUUCAAGGCAACAAAAUGCUCCUUGAGUUUCUAAAUUAUUACAACUUCUGAGAACGGAUAAUACAGUAAAAUUCAGUGAUGUCAUUGGUGAAAAAUAUAAUAUGAAAGCCAAGCAUUCCGCUUAACCAAAUUCAUUACUGGAAUACUAUUAAAACAGCGAUCGAACAAAUCGAUAUUAUAUUUUUUCAUGGAGGUGUAUUCAUUGUCGGAUUACUAUAGAAACUGUUCUUAAGAAACGUAUGUUCGUACAUAUGUAUAGUCAUCGAUAUCAGCGCCAUCUCUAAGUACACUUAUUUGAAUUUAAGCGGGUGGUUUGAAGUCCUCGCGGAAAAUGGCCAAGAAAACGGUACCAGCGGCAUUGCAAAUCGAAAUUUCAAAUAAUGAAGACUGGGAAAAGCUUCUGCAGAAGACCGGUUUAAUAGUGGUGGAUGUUUAUUCGGAAUGGAGCGGACCAUGCACUGGGAUGGUGAGCAUCCUGAAGAAAAUUAAAAUGGAGAUCGGGGGAGACGCGCUAAGUUAUGCCACGGCAAAGUGUGACUGCAUCACGGAUCUAGAGCGCUUCCAAGGAAAAAGCGAACCGAUUUGGAUGUUCAUUCACAAUGGUCGGAUGAUAAAUCUCAUGUUCGGCGCCCAGUGUCCGCUGUUGCUGAAAAUGUUGACAACAGAAUUGCAGAGGGUGCAAAAUGGUGAUGAACAUGAAUUUUCGUUAAAAGUGUCGGAAAGAAGUCCAGAAGAAGUAAAGCAAUUGAAAGUGAUCGAGGAAGCUAGGAUAGCUAAAGAAGCGGCAAAGAAGGCUCGGAAAGAAGCCGAAGCAGUGGCGCGGUACGAAGCAGAAAUGCUUCACUUAACUACUUCAUUAAAAAACGAAACUUGUCUCCUGCUCUAUCCAUGGAUUUUCAAAGAUGAAGAGGACCAUAAGAGGGACAAAAAAUCUAGUCCACCAUAUGUAGAAUUAGUUGAAGAGAUACUACCAGGGAACUAUAUUGUUGAACAGGAAAUACGGAAGCGACUUAAUGAUGACAUCCUCGACAAACUUUUCAAUGAAUCUGAUUACGUAUUGCCACAAAAUCACAAGAAUUUAGUAGUGGAUGGCAAGUGUAUGUUUAUGAGGUUGAAAGUGGCCGAAGAAAAACCGGAUGUUAAUGUCCAUACAGAAUUGAUGAGUCUAUUGUUUGGUGAACCAGAAUUACCGCAUGCGGAAACAGUUUUCACAGAAGAAUGUUAUGCGGGUCGUCAUAGACCCGCCUCCGCAGCACCGGAAAAUGAAACCGAGAUUUUCCCAAUCGCAUGGACACCACUAAAUUCUAGAAACAAGGCAAUCGUUUUUCGCACGAUUUUCACGACGUACACGAAUAAAACAUAUCCAUAUGAAGACAAGGCUGCAAACGUACCUAUAGUAGUAUUCAAGUACGAUUACACGCGAAAAAAUGAGUUGGAAAUAGUUCUAGAAGAAUUUGAAGAUGAAGUAGUUAAUUUUGGUAUUUUUGAAUCUGAUAAACCACCGGAUGCAAAAAUUAUUGCUAGAAGUAUCAAUGAAUUUGAGGAAAACACUAGGGAAAGAACCGGAUACGAGACGUUUGUGUGUGUGGUAAAGAAAGUAGGAUGUGAAGCCUUCUUGGGAUUCGCCGGUAUUGGACCGUAUCAUGUUAGUGAAAAUCCAGAAAAGGGAUCCGAGGAAUCGCAAUUAUAUUUUCCGGAUGUUACUGGUUUAGAAGAAACGCAGUCGGAUGAUGACGAUAAACCGGAGGAAGUGCCAGAGAAUUCUGAAGAAAACAAUGAACCACAAACAUGAAUUAUCGAACUCAUAUAUACUUCUAAAUAUUUUUAUUACUGAUAUUCAAUUAAUAUUUUAGUCAUCGGAGAUGGUACAGGUCAAAUUGAUCUCACUGAUUUAUAUUUUAAAUUUUUCAAAGGCUAUUAUAUUAUCACCGAUAAAUAAACUAUUAAAAAAUAUAUGCAGUCACGUUAAAACAGAGGAAUUAAAAAUACCAGAAUUGUUGUGAA